AUGAGCCAACGCCGAGCCAAAGAGCGCGAUGCAGGCGCCGUGGAGGAGGAAGUACGACAAUAUACCUUUGGCGGACACACCCUCGAGGAAUUCGAUGAAAACUAUCCAAAUAGGCCGAAGAAUCACUCGCGGACUUUGAGAUUUGCAGAAUUAUUCCAGAACUUGUUCAACCCAUUAAAUGAGAACAAAAAAAAGCCACCUGGGCCAGCGGCUCGUCGCAAACAAAGAGGCGGCCGCGGCCCUUCGCAGCUGUCGCCACAUGAACAGCGCCGUGCCAUCAUUGAGAGGUUCAUGUCAAGAUGGCGCGCAGAGGUUGGAAAUGACUUUUAUCCUGCCAUGCGACUGAUUCUACCCAAUCAAGAUCGUGAUCGGGGCGUCUACGGCCUCAAAGAAAGCGCCAUUGGCAAAUUGCUUGUGCGAACCCUCAAGAUUGACAAGUAUUCCACCGAUGGACAAAGCCUACUCCAAUGGAAACGACCGGGCCAGAAAGCGAGUCAGACGGCAGGUGACUUUGCUGGUCGCUGUUUGGAGGUGAUUGCCAAGCGUCCCAUGCGCUCGAGCCCCGGGGACAUGCGCGUAGCAGAGGUCAACGAGAUGCUGGACAAGUUAUCUGCUGCCUCGGGCGAGGCUGAGCAGUUACCAAUUAUUGAGGACUUUUACCAGAAAAUGAGUCCAGAAGAGCUUAUGUGGCUCAUCCGGAUCAUCCUGAAGGAGAUGAAAGUUGGUGCCACGGAAAGGACAUUCUUCGACAUAUGGCACCCUGACGCCGAAGCUCUCUUCAACGUAUCCUCUAGUCUCCGACGUGUCUGCUGGGAGUUGUAUGAUCGAGACGUACGCCUCAAUGAUGAUGACACGGGCGUUACCUUGAUGCAGAUCUUCCAGCCUCAAUUAGCCCAGUAUCAAUAUUUUGGCAGCUGGAAAAAGAUGGUAGAUCAGCUAACGAGAGACAAGGAGAAUAACACAAUCAGAGAGGAUGCCGAGUUCUGGAUUGAGGAGAAGCUCGAUGGAGAACGCAUGCAGAUGCACAUGAUGGAAGACAAAACUGUGCCUGGAGGAUUUCGCUUUGGCUGGUGGUCCCGCAAAGCCAAGGACUAUGCCUAUCUUUACGGUACCGGCUUGCGUGAUCGCGACUCGGCACUUACGCAACAUCUCAAAAACGCCUUUGUCCCUGGAGUCCGGAGCAUCAUUCUAGACGGCGAAAUGGUUACGUGGGAUAUGCAACUAGACAAAAUCAUGGCCUUUGGAACUCUCAAGUCCGCGGCGAAUGCCGGCAAACGAAACCCGUACGAUGAGGUUGGGGCACGUUGUCUAUAUCGUGUCUUUGACAUUGUUUACUUGAACGGUCAGGAAUUGACCAGGUACACUCUUCAAGACCGACGUAACGCGCUGGAGAAGGCCGUGCCUGGCGUUCACCGAAGACUUGAACUACACGAUCAUUUGGUGUCAACGUCAGCGGCCGAUAUUGAACCGCAUCUGCGACAAGUAGUCGAGAAUCGAUCCGAAGGCCUAGUCAUCAAGAAUCCGCUUUCUGUCUACAGCCUGAAUCAGCGCAAUGAUGAUUGGAUCAAGGUGAAACCCGAGUACAUCAAGGAGUAUGGAGAAGCCGUCGAUGUAGUCAUUAUUGGCGCAUAUUAUGGAACUGGACACCGUGGUGGCGCCCACUCCAGUUUCUUGUGUGGACUUCGGGUCACUGAUGACGAUAUUGAACGUGGUGCAGACCCUGAGAAGUGCUUCAGCUUUAUCAGAGUUGGUGGUGGCUUCGCUCUACAAGACUACCGCGAGAUUGCAAACCGAACACAGGGCAAAUGGACAGACUGGAACUCAAAAAGGCCACCGAGCAAAUACAUUGAGCUGGCUGGAGGUGAGAGGCAAUGGUGGAAACCAGACCAAUGGAUCCGACCCAAAGAUUCGGUAGUGAUUGCUGUGAAAGCAGCCAGCUCUGUUCCCUCGGAUCAGUACGCGAAACAGAUAACAUUAAGAUUUCCACGAUUCCAAAAGCUCCGUGAUGACCGUGAUUGGGAUACAGCCCUCGACUGGCGACAAUUCGAAGAUCUCAAGACGCAGAUUGCAGUCAAACAGGAAGAGAAGGAGAUGAAUUUUGAACGGCGAAGACGAAACACUAAGCGGAUCAAGAAGGAAAUGGUCAUCAUGGGUCAAGAAGCGACACCGGUCGAGUUUGGCGGCCCAAAGACCAAGCUCUUUCAAGGUCUCGAGUUUUGUGUCUUGUCAGAAUCCGUGCAGCCAAAGAAGAGCAAGACUCAGAUUGAAGUCCUGAUCAAGGAGAAUGGUGGCAGGAUAUCCCAGCGAGCGAUCCCAAAUGCCGACAUGAUAUUGAUUGGUGACAAAAAGGUCCUCAAGGUGGCCAGUUUGAUCAAGGCAGGCCCGGUCGACAUUAUUAGUCCAAAGUGGGUUCUCGACUGCGUGGCACAGAGUGAUGCCAGCGCGGGUUUCCUCCUACCAUAUGAGCCUAGGCACUUGUUUCACGUUUCGGAUGAGAUGAAGGAGCAAGCCCAAGAGAACCUGGACGACUAUGGCGACAGCUAUGCCCGAGACAUUGAUGUCGCAGAGCUCAAGGCCCUCUUGCAGGAUAUGCCCAAGAAUGAAAUCAUUGAUGAACCUUUUCAUUCGGGCGCAUUCGUCGAGCAGCUCGAGGCGCAUGGUCAUGAUAUAGGAAACAUCAAGGGCCAUAUGUUCAAGAGAGUGGUGGCCCACUUUGCAACAGCGGAUAAUGUUUUGGAUAUCUCUGUUCUCAAGUACAAGAAUUGGGUUAGAUUCGGCGGAGGCAUCAUUGUUGACGAUCUCGAGGACCGAUCCGUCACUCACGUCGUGGUAGUCGCUAAAGACGACGAUCCACGUGCUGAACGAGACCUUUCCGCAGAGAUUCGAUCCGUCAUAAGCAAAAGAACUCAGAUUCCCCGGCUGGUAACUCGAAAAUGGCUGGAGGAUUGUUGGACUGAAGGCACUAUGUUGGACGAGGAAAGAUUCUCGCCGCAAUGA